UUCCCGGGCGUGUCACCCAGCCACUGAGUCACGCCAAGGCCACACGGAACCUCGUAUGAGGGUACCUGUGCGGAGGCGGCCACACACUGCCGCCUGAGCCCGCCCCGCGCAGCGCCGCGCGGAGGCGGCUCGGCCCACCGCGGAAGUGCUGGGCGCCGCCCCGGCAGGCUGCGGCUGCUCCGUCCGCUGCUGCGGCGGAACUUUUCGGGACCAUGGUGCAGCUUUACAACCUGCACCCGUUCGGGUCGCAGCGAGUAGUGCCCUGCAAGCAAGAACCGGCGCACUUCUGCUGUGGUCAAGACGUGCUGUUCGUUGCCAGCACGGCGGCCAGCUGCAGGGUGGAGGUGUUUACCGUGCGCGAACAGGGCCGCUGCGAGGCCCUGGGCUCCUUCGCCACGCUGGGUCAGGUGCUGCGUAUGGCGCACAGCUCGGCAGGAGACUAUCUGGUGACAAUUGAAGAAAAAAGCAAAGCAACUUUCCUAAGAGCAUAUAUGAACUGGAGAUGCAUGUCUGCAGGGAAUUCUCGCGUGUGUGUCCGUAUGGUUGGUCACAAGAUGGAAGAGUCAUACAGUGAAGCCUUAAAAGAACAGAUGUCAGUUGUUGAAAUGCCACUUUCAGAUCCUCCACUGUGCAUUUCAUGUUGUCCUGUGAAUGGAGAUCUACUUGUGGGCUGCAAGAAUAAAUUAGUCAUGUUCUGUUUGAAAUACCGUGUCAUAAACCAGAAUUUGACUGUGUUAGAUUUUGAACGCUCCUUAAUUUUGCACAUUGAUAACCUCAUUCCUGCCGAAGUUGCAUUUUGUGCCAGACAUAUAGCCGUAACAACAGAGCUGGAUGUUCUAAUCCUGAAACUGGAACUGGUCCAGCAAAGUGCAGACAGGACAGAGCAAUAUGCUCAGGGAGUCAGUGCACCAGAAAAGGCUGUGGAUGGAGGUGUGAAAGAUGAAACUCCUUCAACACAUCCUUUACAGCUUGAAUUAGAUGAGUUCAUCAUAUGUCAGAAGCCAGUGGAACUGCUUGGGGAAGAAAGUAAGCUAUGUGAGAUACCUGUCACACUGGAAUCUACAGAGUUACCUACAGAAGACACAAAGCACUUCCAAGUGCAGUAUUUGCUUUUCAGACGUUUUGCACCCGACCAGUCGCCUUUUGGGUUUUCUGAAGAGAUAAAAUUGCACUCUGUUCAACUGCUUCCUGUAUACCAGACAGGAAUUUCUGCAACAGCCUAUGAGGAAACUGAGAACAAGAGAAAACUUCUGAGUCUCUUCUGCUUUUUCUCUUUACCUCAUGUUGGAUAUCUCUACUCUCUUGGGAAGUUAGUAGAACUAAUUUCUACUUACCAAUAUUCAGAGAAGUCAGAGCAGGCAGUCCUCACUCUGCAAUUCCUGCACGUCAUUACAAGUCAGAACCUGCAGUGCUUCACAGUGCGAUGCAGUGCAGCAGCAGCUCGUGGUGAGGAUCCAUAUAUUGACACGACCGUGAAGGCUUGUCCACCUGUCACACUGGAUGUCUGUACAUUAAGAAUGCAGCUUUUUAUAGGACCAAGAGCUAUCUGUCAUUUCAAAAACCAUAUAAUUCUUUUGACUAAGGCAGACACAGAAGAUAUUACUGAAAGAAGAAAGCCUACAAGAAGGAUGCUUUCCAGAAAGGCUGACAGCAUCAAAUCCAGAACAAAUUCUGAGUCAGAGCCUGGUUGGAAUUUAUAUAUUAUAAACACUGUUUCAACAAUUCAGCUUUACAGAGAAAUGGUAGAAUAUAGUAGAACUUAUGAAAAUGUUAAGACUGAGAGCUGCAUCCAUCUUCUAAGUGAGGCUCACUUACUGGUCAGAGCAGCUAUAAUGGACCCUCAUUUCCUUAAAUCAGAUGAGAAGGAAGAUCUUCUAAGAGCAUUCAGAGAAAGUUGUGCCUUCUUAGGAGACUGCUACAGCAGGUUUGACACAAAGGAUUACCACCUUGCUUUGCCAUACUACAGAAUGUCAGGUUUAUCCAUGACUGAAGUUUUAAAGAGACAAGUUGCAGAAGGUGAUGAAAUACAGACAUAUGAGAGAGGAUUUAUAUUUUACUUAACUCAUUCUCUUAAUGAAGACUCAAAUGAAGAAUUAAGUAAGGAAUCAGGAAAUAAAGUUCUCCAGAUAUUCUAUCUCGCGGACCCUGUGCAGCUGCCUGAUAUUCUUUGCAGUCCCAGCAUGAGGAACGUAUGUCCUUUGACAGCUGUGAAGUAUCUUCAGAAAGUAGAAAAGAUGAUGCCAUCAGUGGUCCUGACACUUACUAAGGCUUUCUUGGCUCUGAAAAUGGGAGACCUGGCAAUGUAUGAACAUGAAAUGCACUCCUAUAAGGAGACAACACUGGCUUGUGGCUUCAUUGGGCAGCCACGGCUCCUGCAGCAGCGUACGGAAGGAAUUGUUAUGCCAACUGAGUUUGCUGUUCACCUGAAGGAGAUGCAGCCUGGUUUACUGGUGGCUGCCACUGUGGCUUUACAUGAGAACAGUAAAAUUGAACUAGAAGAAGCAGAUACCUUUUUCAAGAUGCUGUGUAAUAGCAGUGAAAACACUGUUCCCCAGCUCCUUGUGGAUUUCUGGGAAGCUCUUCUUGUAGUGUCCUCUCAGGAAGAAAUACUUCAGGAGCUCCUGUUGAGGGUUACUUCUCAGUAUGUUUGGAGAAUAUCAAAGAAGCAACUUCCUGAGACUAAGCCAUUGAAAACAACAGAGGAUCUAAUAAAUUCCUGUAGUCAUUUUGGGUUGAUUGUCCCGUGGGUAGCUUCCAUAAUGUCAGUGGGAUGUUCAUCUGACAAAGAUUACCAUGAAGAUAUCUCAAGACUACAGUCUCUUUUAUGCAGUCAGUCAAUCAAUAUAGCUUCAGCUGUGCCUGUUUUGGAGCCCCUGACAGAGGCUGACAGCAUCGGCCUCACCAUCCGUGUUCUGUGCAAUACCCGUCUGGGCAAGUACGAGGAAGCCAUUGACCAGCUGCUCACAAGCUGUCCUGAUGCAGCUGUGUUCUAUGCUCAGCAUGAGCUGAAAGGUGACAAUCAGGCUCUGUGGUGGAACAAGCUGCUUCCUGAACUUUGCAAGAGAACUAGACUUACUGGAAAGGACUGCCCUGUUCUUAUUUCUUCACUCAAAGAAACUUUAUCAAUUGUUGCAAUGGAACUGGAGCUAAGGGAUUUCCUCAGUCUUCUACCAGAAGAUGGAACUGCAGCAUUUUUUCUGCCACAUCUUCUUCACUGCAGCCAGAGGAAGCUGCUGACCUAAAACAAUGACCUGUGGACCUGCUGUCCACUCAACUACAAUGUGCUGUAAUAAAAAAGUAAAUGAUACAAGCAGUAGAACUCCUUAUAAGGUACUGCAGGCCUCCCUUCACAUACAUCUUGUGAUGUCAACUGCUAAAGGACAGCUGUUUACUGAGGCAAGGCAUCUGUUUUGAAGCUAAUUCUGGUGCCUAAGCAGCUAGGAAAUACAGACUCUACAGUACAGCUGAACAUACAGUGUUCACUGAAAGUAAAGUAGAAAGUCAGUCUUCAAUCUUUGUUAGCUUGAUCACUGACUUAGGGGGGAAUUCAGGGUCAGGCAUGUGUCAACUGUAUGAGUAAAAGUGAGUACCUUACUCUUCCAAGUGGAAUUGGGCCCAACUGACUUGAUAUUGCAACACAGACAUUUCCUUGAAUUUCUUCUAGGGUUUUUGGUAAGCAUCUCAGGUGCUUGUGCACGCGUGUACUGAUGUUUGUCUGUCUUGCGAGCAGAAAGCAUCUUUCUGCUCCUUCAGAGCUGGAAUUCAGUCAUAAUAAGCAGUCACAAUGUUUAUAACGUCCUUAUGAAUAUAGUUUGUGGUUUUUGACAAUUACCAAAAAUAUAACGACUCCCAUGAUCCCAUAACCAUCUAAACCAUCUAAAGGCCUAAUUAGCUCACAGUGAUGCUAUAAAAAUGUUUUCACUGGAGUUGCAAUGUUAUUUGAACCUGUAGAAGUCAGUCAGAAGAGACCAUCUAUAUUUCAGCUAAAAUACAUUAACAAAAAGAAAAAAAAAAUCAAAAGUAGUUUAACUUACUCGCGUAGCAUUCCUGCUACAGGUAAAAUGAAUUAUCUAAUUUACUGGUAGGUAUUAUGCUGGUUUCAGUGUAACCUUUAAAAAAGACCAAAGCAAUUUAGGCUUGUUAAAGAGAAGCAAUUUCAUUCUUGCAGGCAUAAAGCCUAGAUGUCUUGCUUUCCUUGCCUGUCCCAUACAUCUUUCCUUCUCAUUUGGCACGGAUCUAACAUGAGGAGUUGGGUUAUUGAAACACAACCAUAUCGCUGUUACUCAUUUUUGAGUAGCAUCAGCCAUGCUCUAACACUGAUGCUUCCACCGGUCAGGAAACUUUCUUUUUCCUUCACCAAGAGCUGCAACAGCAAAAUGAUUCCACUGCAGGAGUUGUCAGAGCAAAGCUUUUCAGUACCAUAGUUACCAAAUUUUGGCCUUCACUGUCUGCAUUUCAUCAGGCUUAUUUCAGCCUAAUUUUGCCUUGGAAUUAUUUUCUUAACAGAAAACCAAAUCUUUUAAAUGCAUAUUCUUGAGAGGUACUACUGAAUAAAAUUGUAAAGUAAUUCAACAGAAAUAAUAUAACUGUUUUGUUAACUGCUUAAUUAUACAGUACUAUAUAUCUUUUCAGUGUGAACCUAUGGAUAAAGUGAUAACCAAAUUCCUGUUUUCUAAGCAUUUACUACAGACAUAUGAGUAAAAUGUGACAGUAUGAUGACUGAUACCCCAAAUUUUUCUGUUACUCAGGGUUAUUUGCAAACCUCAAAAAAAAGCACAUUUCAUUAGUUCUGUGUUCCUCAGCUGCUAAAUAACAUGCAGUAGCUGUCACCUAGAAUAUGUUUCAUUUGCAAGAUACUAUUUUCAUUUACAGAAACUCAUAUUUAUAAGCUGUAACAUCCAUUCAGGUGUCUUAGUCUGUGGUUCUUUUCUUAGCCAUGGCCACUAUGCGAAAUCUUCCAAACUGUUUAGAGAUGAGUGAUCCAGAAGAAUAUUUUCCAAGAAAUUAAGAUAGACCUUGGAGGAUCGCUGUGUUAAAGUGCUUUCAUCAUUCUUGAGUGCCUGGCAUGCCUUUACACUUGAACUGAUUGAAUAAUCUUGGGAACAGAGACUGUUUGUCUAGAAGGAGAAAAAUAGCUUUAUUGUACAUUUCAUCAAAAGAAUAGUCUGUGCAUGUGGCCAGCAGAGUCCAAAAUGAGCACAGAGGAUCCAAGUACAUUCUGGACAUUGUGAGUUAGGUUUAAAAACAGCUUUAAGAUGCAAUGAAGGUUACAUUUUAAUGCAGUCUAGAUGGUUAAUAAUAAAAAAUCCGAUGCACUGCUGAUCCAAGUUGAAAGUCUGUUUUUGCAUGUCUUUCUGUGUACUCUUAAAUUAGCCUUGUUAUUGUCUGGACAUCUGGCAUAACAUACUCUCUAAAACAGUUUUAGUGUUUAUAAAAUUGAAUUAGGUUCUGUUUCAUAUUCCAGUGCUUUAUCAAAUAGAAUUAGAUUUUCUGUUUAACACUGCAUUCUGUAUUUUUUAGUAUAGUUAAAAUGUAAAUCAUAUAGUUGUGUAUAUAUACAUACAUCACAUAUUUUGAAUUAUUUCUACUGUUCUGUUUCUCUCGAUACCUGUUAUGCUCUGUCUUUUGAAUACUGAAAAAUGUUGGUUUUAAAAUUGUAUUAACUCUGUAGAAAUAAGAACUUUUCUUCAAAAUUCAA